UCAUGGCAUCUAUUCAUUCUCUUCUCUAUUCUAAAUUGUUGCUUGUGGUUUCAUCAGCUCGAGGAGGCAUCACAAAAGAUUGCGGAAAUGAAUAAGGAUGAUGCAUCAAACACCAUCAAUGAGUUAUUUGAAAAGGUGACGAUGUUCGAACAAAGGAAUGUGCUCCGUGAUAUACAGAAUGAAUUUAACUCACUUGAAACCAAGCUCGAGGAGGCAUCACAAAAGAUUGCGGAAAUGAAUGAGGUUGGGAAGGAUUUAAUAGAUAUUUUAUCAGAGGAGAUAGAUUGGCAGGACAUUAAGAAGGAAAAUCUGAGAACCAAGUUAAAGGAUGAUUCAUCAAAUACCAUCAAUGAGUUGUCUGAAAAGGUGACACUGUUCGAAAAAAAGAUUUUGGAUGAUUUGCAGCAUGAAAUGCUAAUUGAAUUUAACUUCCUAGAAAACAAGGUUAUGUAUCUAUCUAUUCUAAUACUAGGCCAGGGGUUUAGAGAGGAUUUGGAGAGGUCUGAGGCUUAG